AUGGCCUCCAUGGUUUUGCCAUCCAGUGGGGAAGAGGAGAACCAGUGGGGGCUGCUGGGAACACAGCAGCGAUCUGGCCAACGGAAAAAACGGUCGCUGCCCUGCUUCACCGACUCAGAGCUGAAAGGAAGCAAAGGAAGACGUUUUCAUUUGAACUGCUCAGGCGUCCUCAACUUAAAGUGCUCCAAACAACCUGCAGCAUCAAGCAGGCGAUCGGGGGUCACAUCGGAGCGAGUGGCCCUGCUGGUCCUCAGUGUUCUCCUGGCAGCUGCAGUCACAGCUCUUGGUGUAACCCUUUCUGAAAACACUCAAACCAAGAAGAGUCUCCAAAAGCUUGAAGAUGUGGCUAAACAUCUCUCAGAAAUACUCAGUGGGACAGAACCGUGCAAAGUGGAGCAGCCAAGUAAACCUCCUUCAGUAAGAAGUGUGAGGUGCGAGGACGGCUGGGAGCCACAAGGAGGAAAGUGCUACUUCUUCUCCUCUUUUUCUUUAACCUGGACUCAGAGUAGAACACAUUGCACAUCAAUGAGAGGAGACCUGGUUGUGAUAAACAGCAAAGAGGAGCAGAGAUUCCUGGAGUCUAGAGUGAGAGGAAAAAUGGAAGAUUAUUAUGACAGGUUCUGGAUCGGACUGACAGACUCAAAGAACGAGGAUGAAUGGCUUUGGGUGGACAACACAGGACUGAACACAAGUUUGGAGUUUUGGCUUGGCAGCAACCCAGACAACUGGACAGGGAAGAAUCCUGAUGGAGAGGACUGUGUGACGAUGGGGGAGAAAGACGGAGCCACGGACCUGAAAUCCUGGAACGAUAUAUCCUGCGAAUCGCCUCAUAAAAGUAUUUGUGAGAAACCAGAAAAAGCAUGAGCCUGAAAUCCAGUUGGAUCUGAUUGAGCUCGAGUCCUCAGCCACUUUCACAAACUGAGACAUGAUGCUUUAUUAAUGAAGAUCUUCUCCAGCCAUAAACAACUUUGGAUAAUAUCUAGAGUCUCAUAUGUUCUUCAGUUUCCUUGUAUUUUUGA